UUUCCCCCUCUUCUCUUUCUCUCUCUCUCUCCCUCUCUCUCUCUUUUACACACUCCUUUUUUCUGUUCUUUCCUUUUUUCACACUUGACAUCACUGCGCACACUCGCGCGCACACGCAAACACUCACACAGGCUGGAGUUACAGUAACCCCCCCCCUCCCGCCCCCAACAUACACACAACUUCCAGAUCUAAGAUUAGAUCCGACAGAAAUGUAUUCUCCGCUAUGUUUAACACAGGAUGAAUUCCAUCCUUUCAUUGAAGCUCUGCUUCCGCACGUCCGGGCCUUCGCCUACACAUGGUUCAACCUGCAGGCCCGCAAGAGGAAGUACUUCAAGAAGCACGAGAAGCGCAUGUCCAAGGAGGAGGAGCGCGCCGUGAAGGACGAGCUGCUGGGCGAGAAGCCCGAGGUCAAGCAGAAGUGGGCGUCGCGCCUCCUCGCCAAGCUGCGCAAGGACAUCCGGCCUGAGUUCCGGGAGGACUUUGUGCUGACGGUGACGGGGAAGAAGCCGCCGUGCUGCGUGCUGUCCAACCCCGACCAGAAGGGCAAGAUGAGGCGGAUCGACUGCCUGCGCCAGGCGGACAAAGUGUGGAGGCUGGACCUGGUCAUGGUGAUUUUAUUCAAAGGGAUUCCCCUCGAAAGCACUGACGGGGAGAGGCUGGUCAAGUCUCCGCAGUGUUCCAACCCCACCCUGUGCGUGCAGCCGCAUCACAUUGGAGUUUCCGUCAAGGAGCUGGAUCUCUACCUGGCCUACUUCGUGCAAGCAGACACCGGCCAAUCAGAAAGCCCCAACCAGGCCAGCGAUUCAGAUAUCAAGGACCAGCCAGAGAACGGUCAUCUGGGUUUUCAAGACAGCUUUGUAACGCCCGGCGUCUUCACGGUGUCCGAACUAGUACGAGUCUCUCAGAUACCUAUCGCAGCCAGUACCGGUCCAAAUUUCUCCCUGGCAGACCUGGACAGCUCCUCUUACUACAGCAUGAGUCCAGGAGCCAUGAGGAGACCGCUGCCGAGCACCUCCUCCUCCAGCUCUGCCAAGAGGAUAAAGUGUAUGGAGGAGGACGUGGACAGUCCAGGAGAGGAGUCCUACUACCCCAGUCAGGGUCGAUCUCCGGGCAGCGGCAGCCAGGCCAGCAGUUGGCACGAUGUGGAGCCAGCUGGAUAUAAGCUGCGCGGCUCUCUAGCUAGCUCAUUCAUCUCCCGACAAGCGAGCCCCCACGCCCCCCCCUCCAGCCUCCACUUCUCCUCCGCCCCCAUCCUGCAGCAGCCAGGCUCCUACUUCUCCCACCCGGCCAUUAGGUAUCACCCGCAGGAGACGCUCAAGGAGUUCGUCCAGCUGGUCUGUCCUGACUCCGCCCAGCAGGCCGGACAGGUGGGCUUCCUCAACCCUAACGGUAGCUCCCAGGGAAAGGUGCACAACCCUUUCCUGCCGACGCCCAUGCUGCCUCCCCCGCCGCCUCCCCCAAUGGCCCGUCCCGUCCCGCUGCCCAUCGACGCCAAGCCGCCCUCCACCUCCACCUCCGAGGGCGGGGGCGGGGGCAACUCGCCCACCUCGCCUACUUACUCCACACCCACUUCAUCUCCGGCCCAGCGGUUCGUCAGCGUCGGACCCAGAGAUCCCGGCUUUAACAUCCCUCAGCAACCACAGUGGUACCUGGGAUAAGGACUCCAGAGGCCACGACCCCACCCCCUCAACCCACCUGUACGACAGAUCGCUGCAACCUCCUCCUUGACCCUUGACCUUUGAUGCCAGCCGCGACAGAGAGUCCUUCCUUGCCCCGCCCCUACAGCCCUCCUCGUCCUCCCCCUCUGCGCCUGACUCCACCCCCACCAGCGCCAUACUCGGCAGCAUCAGCAUGGCUACAGCGGAUCAAAACGCCCCCCAAACCCGGUGUUAAAACACCUACUCUGUAAGCCGUACGCCACAGACGUCCCUGUGGAAGUAUGUAUGUCGAUGUCCAUUUCUAGUGCCAGACCCUGCCCCCCCCCCCCCCAACCCCCCCUCUGCAAAACCCCAAGCCACAGCAAUUUUUGGGAACGCCGCGAGGCUGAAUCACAGAGCUCUGGAGAAACUACAUAUCCGCCCUCCCGUCAUCCUCCGCAGUGUGCAUCCAGAGGACUUACAACAGUACAGUGCCCUCCACCCCCCAUUCCAAACCUCCAUCCUGGUGGUUCCCGAUGGCUUUGGGUUGGUUUGGUUGGUGGAACAGGACGGGCUUGUGGGGAGAUGGGAGGUGUUACCUGGCUCAGAUACGACCAGCUAAUAGCCCCGACCCCCCUCCCCGCGGCAUGAGCCCUCACACACCUCCUGGGAUGGAUGCCCCCCCCCCAACCCCACUUGACCCGGUUGGUGGCACAUCAGGGAGGGAGAAAGUCGACAGGGCUCUUUCCAAGGACAUGGACCCGUGCUUAAUGGAAAGAGCUGACCUGAUGGGGAGGUGGUGCGGGCACAAACCAACGCCCUGCCUGUUUCACAGUCACAACAUGAACUACACAUGGA